UAUUUAUUUUGCCAUUUUUGGUUUUGAUAAUUUGAUAUUUUAUUAAUUUAUUUGAAUUUUGAGUUUGAUUAACGAGUACGUGGUUGGAAAAAAAGUAUUUAAUCAAUCGAUUAAUUGUUAAUUGGUUUGUAAGUAAGAUAAACAAAAAUAUAAAAACAAACAAUGGGUCGUUACACUGGUAAAAAAUGUCGUUUAUUGACGAUGUUAUGGCUGACAGCAUUUUUCUUCCUAGUCGAAAUAAUAGUCGGUUACGUAACCAAUUCGAUGGCAUUAAUCGCUGAUAGUUUUCAUAUGCUAUCGGACGUUGCUGCCCUCGUUGUUGCAUUUCUUUCUGUCAAAAUGUCGCCAAAAAAGUGGUCAAAAAAUACAUUUGGAUGGGCACGUGCUGAAGUAUUAGGUGCAUUAGUUAAUGCUGUAUUUUUAGUCGCAUUAUGUUUUAGUAUAACAGUUGAAGCUUGUAAGAGAUUUAUUGAAGUUGAAGAAAUCCAUGAAGCUAAGUUACUUGUUAUCGUUGGCGCAUUGGGAUUAUUUGUUAAUUUGAUAGGCUUGUGUUUAUUCCAUGAACAUGGAAGUAUGCACGGACACUCACAUGGAAUAUCAAGAAGUCACAAUAGAUUGAGUACACUAGUAGGUACUGAUGACAAUGACCCUGAUGCUGAGCAUGACCAUGACCAUGACCAUGAUCAUGACAAUGAUAAGAAUACAAGCAAAGGAACUUAUCGCAGCGCAACUCCAGUAAAAAAAGCUCAUGGGCACAGUCAUGAUGCGAGUCAGAUGAACAUGCGUGGAGUAUUUCUUCACGUUUUGUCAGAUGCUUUGGGGUCGGUGAUCGUCAUUGUGUCGGCGCUGAUUGUCUGGAAGACCCAGUGGGAGUACAGGUUUUAUAUCGAUCCAGCUUUGUCACUGCUACUGGUACUUCUUAUCCUGAGAUCCGUGUGGCCGUUGCUCCAGGAAUCGGCUUUGAUUCUUCUGCAGACUGUGCCGACACACAUUCAGGUUGAAGCCAUUCAACAGCGACUGUUAGAAAAUAUUGAUGGUGUAUUAGCAGUACAUGAAUUCCACGUAUGGCAAUUGGCUGGUGAUCGUAUUAUUGCCUCGGCACAUAUUCGCUGUAGGAAUUUGUCCGAGUACAUGAAAAUCGCUGAACAAGUCAAAGAGUUCUUCCAUAAUGAGGGCAUACAUUCUACGACAAUACAACCUGAGUUUAUAGAAUAUCAUUCAAAUAGUGAAGUUAAAGAAACUCCUACUGAAGACUGCGUAUUAGAUUGCCCGAAGACAGACAAACCUUGCAAUCAAGCAACUUGCUGUGGUCCAUCUAAACAGGGACGUGAAACACCAUCACCAGGUGAAACACCAUAUAUGUGUAGACAACGUAAUAGCUUAGCCCGUUCAAAUAUUGCAAUAAGUGGUAUCGGUUUUAAUAGUAACGCAGUAGGUGGUAGUGGACAAGAAAAUCAGGAAGUUAAUGAAAUGGAACGUGGAUAUUUACUGUCACAAUUCCGUCCGACUGCACCAAAUGAUCCUCAAGUUUAAAUAAUUUUUAAAUAUAAGUUAAUAGACCAAUAAAAAAUUAAAAUUUUUUUUUAUUUACCCAAGUUUUGCAAGAAUUCAGAAAGGUUAUAAUUAUUAUUGAUUGAUAAGAAAUUAUUUAAUAGAACUGAUCAUUAUUAUAGUGAUAAAAUUUUUUACUGUUUUAAUGUACGCUAAUUUUUAAA